AAGUUGCGCAUGCGCAGUAGUAACGGACCAAAACCUAAAAUCCAAAAUGGCCGGAGCAGAAGGAGACGAUUCGCUGUAUCCUAUUGCAGUUUUAAUCGACGAAUUAAGGAACGAAGAUGUCCAGUUGCGCUUGAACAGCAUCAAAAAGCUAUCGACUAUUGCCUUGGCCCUGGGUGUUGAGCGGACACGCACAGAGCUUCUACCCUUCCUUACUGACACUAUUUAUGAUGAGGAUGAGGUGCUUCUUGCCCUGGCUGAGCAGCUGGGGAACUUCACCAUGCUGGUCGGAGGGCCGGAGUACGUGCACUGCCUCCUGCCACCGCUGGAGAGCCUGGCCACUGUGGAGGAGACAGUGGUUCGAGAUAAAGCUGUGGAGUCACUGCGCAAGAUCUCUCAGGAGCACUCACCCGUAGACCUCGAGGUGCACUUUGAGCCCCUGGUGAAACGAUUGGCCAGCGGGGACUGGUUCACAUCACGCACGUCUGCUUGUGGCCUGUUCAGCGUCUGCUACCCACGCGUCUCCAGCACCGUCAAGGCCGAGAUCCGCCAGUACUUCCGUACCCUUUGCUCGGAUGAUACGCCCAUGGUGAGGCGUGCUGCUGCUUCCAAACUGGGCGAGUUUGCCAAGGUACUGGAGCUGGACUAUGUAAAGAGUGAUAUCAUCCCGCUUUUUACAGCGCUGGCUUCUGAUGAGCAGGACUCUGUGCGGCUUCUAGCAGUCGAAGCUUGCGUCAGCAUCGCCACCCUGCUGCUCCAAGAGGACUUGGAGGGUCUUGUGAUGCCAACGCUCCGCCAGGCUGCCGAGGAUAAGUCAUGGAGGGUGCGCUACAUGGUAGCGGACAAGUUCUCUGAGUUGCAACAAGCAGUGGGUCCAGAAAUCACCAAGAAUGAUCUAGUCCCAGCAUUUCAGAGUUUACUGAAAGAUUGUGAGGCAGAGGUGCGGGCUGCAGCUGCGAAUAAGGUGAAAGAGUUCUGUGAAAAUUUGCCAGAAGACAACCGUGAGAAUAUGAUCAUGAAUCAUGUCCUGCCUUGUGUCAAGGAGCUGGUGUCAGACACAAAUCAGCACGUGAAGUCUGCCUUGGCCUCCGUCAUCAUGGGCCUCUCCACUAUCCUGGGCAAGGACAACACCGUGGAGCAUCUGCUCCCCCUUUUCCUGGCCCAGCUGAAGGACGAGUGUCCCGAAGUGCGUCUGAAUAUCAUCUCCAACCUGGACUGUGUGAACGAGGUGAUAGGCAUUCGCCAGCUUUCUCAGUCCCUGCUGCCCGCUAUUGUGGAACUGGCAGAAGAUGCCAAAUGGAGGGUGCGUCUGGCCAUCAUUGAGUACAUGCCGCUGCUUGCAGGCCAGCUGGGAGUGGAGUUCUUUGAUGAGAAGCUGAAUUCUCUGUGCAUGGCUUGGCUGGUAGACCAUGUUUAUGCAAUUCGGGAGGCGGCCACUUGUAACCUGAUGAAGCUGGUGGAGAAGUUUGGAGCGGAAUGGGCUCAGAACACCAUUGUGCCCAAAGUGCUCGGCAUGGCUAACGACCCCAACUACCUGCACAGGAUGACCACACUUUUCUGCAUCAAUGCCCUUUCUGAGGCAUGUGGGCAGGAGAUCACCACCAAGCACAUGCUACCCAUCGUCCUAAAGAUGUCCAACGACCAGGUUGCCAACGUGCGCUUCAACGUAGCCAAAUGCCUACAGAAAAUUGGACCAGUCGUAGACGGCAACUCCCUGCAGACGGAGGUGAAGCCAGUUUUAGAGAAGCUCGCCACAGACCAAGAUAUGGACGUGAAGUACUUUGCUCAGGAAGCUAUAAGUGUUCUCGCCCUGGCCUGAGCAUCUCUCCUUGGGUUUACCAGAACAUCCAUUGCAUUCUAUUUAUUGGUGAUUUUGAUUGGUUGUGUAUUAAUGUCUGUGUAGCUUCUAUUUACUCUGUGAUAUUGAACGAUAAAAGGGUGCACCAAUGCUCGUGCUGUAAAUCUCCGCUUCAACCAUAGUGACACUGGAGUUAGGUAAUGCAUGAGGAUAGCGUGUGUGUUCUCCUGGAUUACAACUGCACCACAUCUCCUCGCACUCACUCACUUGCUUGCUCACUCAUAAAACGCCAGGGAGCUGAGAUGGGUGUGGCGACAGCAGCAGGGGAAAAAACUCUCAAAUGUGCAGAGCAGAAGGACUUAAGGACCAGGAUUAGAUAACAUUUUAUCAAACCAUUUAGCACAGGAACACAGUUCAUGCGUUUUCAAUAAUUGGGUUUUUGGAAAAUGCCUUAACCACUUAUCGACCAUCUUGGUCAUUUUGUAUCACUAGACUCGUCUUGCAUGCGCUUUAGUAAAUGAAUUCUCUGUAAGUGAAAUCCUCCCAGCUACCUCCAUCUUCUUCAAGAGCUGUUUCUUAGCUCAAAUCCAGAACACAUCCACAUUGAAGCCCUGCUUUCACAGCCUGGAGCUCAUGCAUGUGAAUUGCCAGUUUGUUUUGGUAGAGCUCCACUACUCAACAUGGGACCAUUGCAUUUGUGUAAUUUCUCCUGUGACAGACUUCCUCCUUGCAUGAGUUUUGCUGGUUUAAUUUGCAUUUUUGUUUUGUGCUCUGUUUUCCAGCCAUCAGGGUCUUAUGUGCCAACAAUGCCUAGGAAAGCACAUAGAUUUAUUAUUGUUAUUUUUUUUUUAAGAGUUUGUAUGUUUAGGUUUAAUCAAGAAUGGUUUUUUUUUUGUCCCCCCCCAGUGGAAACGUGUGGUUGUUAGGUUUCCGUGUAAAGAGAAAUGCACCUCUUGUAGAGUAAGUGUGCAGAUAGGAAAGCUUCUGUUCUCCCCUGGGCCUGCAUGCGUCAAGCUGAUUGAGUACUGAUGAUCACCAGAAUGUAAAAGGACAACACUGUCCAACAUCAGCACAUUUACUUAAAAACAAAAAACCGACAAAACGGGUCGGGAAAAUACUUUAUACACAACCUCUGGAAGGCUGUUAAGUUCUUUUAAAGUGGACAGUGGGAAUGGAUGUAUUAUUUUACCAGUAUAAAUGGCCCUAGCAUCAGAUCCUGAGUAAACCUUUUUUGUUCAUGUUCAGUAUCACGAGUACCCCUUUUUAAACUAUUUCCUGUAAUUUUGGAACCAAAUAGUCAAUAAACAUGGAUCCUGCCCUUCAAA